AUGUUUGUGGAAAUCUUCAAGCACACGUUUGUGUCUUUCGCUUUUGGAAUUGCGUCACUUGGUUAUGGUCGUUCCGCAGAAAGUCGUAUUAGCCAUCGGACACAUGGUUUGCUCAGCACCACAUUAUUUGAGUUCCCCCAACGACAUGUCUGUAAUACUGAUUCCAUUAACUUGCGUUCUAAUUCUUCUGCACAGUACAAACCACGGACUAUCAACCGUCCUCUGCAACCCAAUGACUAUUUUCCUAAGGAGAACAUGCACUGCCAGCAAGCUUAUCCCGUGUCUCAGGAUGUCUUACCGCAGUACGGAAUCCUCAAAGAUGAAGAUGUGGACAAGGAACUCGGUCCUCAAUCCGACUGCUGUCUAGCCUCAUCUGAUCCUCUAUUAUACGGACCUGGAAAAGUUGACUGUAUCGUGGCUACAGUGUUCCUCGUCACCUUUAUUCUAUGCAUACUGGUGGGAACAUUGUUAACAUUAUUUCACUACGUUGCUGGAAUUGAGUUCAACACGAUUAACCGAGGUCGUGUUGUCGGCCCUGUGCUGAUUGGUCUUAGCCCUAUUCCGGUUCUUUUUCUCAUUUUCUUUGCCUGUCGAGCCCAGGAAAAGAUUUCACUUCAGGUAGAACGAAUGAAAGCCACUCAAUCGGCUCGCCAGCAGAUUGCCUACCGACAAUACCAGGUAUCCGCCGAUCGCUCUGCUCGCGGUGCAUCACACCCAACUGCAGACUGCUUAACUCCGGCUUCAGCAACAACACCAAACACUUCCAAGUCUGUUUUCAAACCCCGGAAACCUAGUGAUGUAUCCGCCGUUAAUGUUCACAAUUCACAGCCGGCAGGACAAAACAGGGGGUUUGUGCUUGCUCGAUGA